AUGAGGAGGGAUCUAAUCCCUUGCUCGUUCAGGAUAUUUUCUGUAUUCCUUCUGUCAUGGCCAUUGCGAAUCUAUGCCGAGUGCAGGACAGCCAUGCUGAACUAUCAAGUGACCAAGCUGUUUGGCACAUGCUAUCUAAGUCCAUCGUCAGUGAACUACACAGGGCCUCUAACUCGAACGUCAACGAUGGAGACAGUAGAACUGGAGGCUGCACUAGGAAGAGAACAAUACUUUGUGGUUCCAUCUUAUUCAGAAGCGAUGUUGAUGCCUCACGCCACAGUUGUAAACAGUGGUCUCUCAUCAGUCAUCUAUCUCGCUGGGCUGCUAGUUCCAUUGGGACGCCGAUUCUUUGAUUGCCAAGGGAGUCCCUCGUCAGUGAACUACACGGGGCCUCUAACUCGAACGUCAACGAUGGAGACAGUAGAACUGGAGGCAGCACUAGGAAGAGAACAAUAUUUUGUGGUUCCAUCUUAUUCAGAAGCGAUGUUGAUGCCGCAUGCCACAGUGGUAAGUUCGAGAAAUCAUCAGGACGUUAGCACGAAGUUUCUUUUCCAAGAGCUGCUUAGAGCAAUUCACCCUACGCCAUUUUAGGC